ACCGGAUUGUUUGACCUUCUCUCGUUAUCUCAAUAUGAGAUAUACAACGUUCACAUUGGAAGAGUGGUGGGAAUCACACGCAACAUCUUUCGGAGCAUUCCAUGAUGCAGUUCGAUAUUCUCCAAUACUUGAACAUACAUCUUCCUUCAUAGAGUUGUAUCAUCUAAUGGUUCAUAGGCUGGGAAUAUGGUCAGAGUAUGAAUCCCCAUCAAAGUUCCGUUGUUUGACCCAGAAACAUUUGGAUAAGUUAUUUGACAUAUAUGAAGAAGAGUGUGACCUUUCUCAGGAGGCAAGAAAUGAACAUAUGUCAAGCCUACAGGAGUUUAUAAGGGAGGACGACUCCAAUUUGUUAGACGACAAUGAAACCUAUUUAUUAGAACCUGGACCCAGCGAAACUUUCGAUGAAAUUGACAUCAUUCUAAAGAGUAAAGUGAAAGAGUCCGCAUUGAUAAAUCCUUCUUCAGUAUUUGCCUCGUAUCCUGCCUUUCGGUUUAUACUCAAACGUGUAUAACCAGCCAACACUUCGUCAGUCAACACAGAUGUACCAACUUUAUUUGUUAAGUAUUGCAUGGCAAAUGACAUUCCAAUUCAUUUUUUAUUCAUUGAUUAAACGUGUCACUAUUCAUAACUCAUCAUAUAUAUAUAUA